AUGUUAGUAAAUGAUCAUGAACUUUCGGUGGUUAUAACUGGACGAUGUCCAAGUUCAUUUACAGCUGAUGGUUCACCAAUUUAUGGUGAGAUGUCAAUUACGGACGAUGAAUCUUUAUCGUCAUUUCUUCGUUGUCCUGAGAUUUUUAAAAAUCACAUAUGCAUAGCGGCGCUUGACAUGUAUGCUACAGUUCAACGCUCUACGCAGGUUAAAGUACUGAUCGACAAUGAGUUCGAUUUUGGAGGUACUACCUAUUUCCCAAGUUUGAAUAUUGAUUUUCCAAGGGGUGUAGUUCAACAACGAACAAUUAAUCGUGAGACGGGUGGACCAAGUAAUGCUACUACGCAGUUGCAUAAUUUGAAUUGUAAUGUACGGCACCCUUCACAUCCAGGUCCAAGUGAAUUGGACAGUGAUAGGUAUGUUAUAUUUCACAGCAAGAAGCAAAUGAAAGGUGCAGUGAGACUCUAUAAUAUAGCCCACAAAAAAGAAUUUAAAAUGGAUCAAGCCAAAGGUACAUUUUGGAAGGUUAUUUGCAAGCGGCAUGAGAAAGGUUGUAGUUGGAUGAUCCGUUUUUCGUUGAUCGGCAGUGGUAUGUGGAAAGCAGGAAAAGUGAUUGAGCUACACAAUUGUGACACGAAUGAUUAUACAGAGGAUCAUUUCAAUUUGAAUAGCAACAUGAUUGCUACUUCGUUGAUACCAUUUGUUAUGACCAAUGCACAAAUCAGUAUUAAGUUUGUUCAGGAAACUAUAAAAGGGAUCCAUCACUAUACUCCUAAUUAUAGAAAAGCGCAAAAAGGGCAUAAGAAGGCUUUUGAGAUGGUGUAUGGUGAUUUCGAAAGUUCUUUUAGGGCAUGGCCUCGAUACAUGGCUACCCUAGAACAUUUCAAUCCGGGCACUAUUGUUGAGUGGACACGCGAGUCAACUACAAUGCAAGGUGAACACAUCUUCAAGUAUCUUUUCUGGGCCUUUAAACCAAGUAUCGAUAGAUUCAAAAGUUGCAGGCCAGUCAUCUCAAUAGAUGGCACCCAUGUUUAUGGUAAGUAUGAGAUGAAAUUGUUGAUUGUUGUUGGCAUUGAUGCAAAUGGAAAUUUUUUUCCACCUGCAUAUGCUAUAGUUGCACGUGAGAGCUAUGAGUCAUGA